AUGGCCGGCGGCGUCAGCCCGUUUGCAUCCGCGCCGCCGACGGACGCGGGCGAGCCUCAUCAGCAGGAGCAGGGCGCCGACGCGCCCGCAGCGACUGCUCCCGACAGCGCCGGCGGCGCGGCCGGCGGCGCGCAGGCGCCGCACGCAACCUCAGCCGGCUGGCUCAAGGCGCGGGAAGCUGUGAUGGACAGGGUCGGCCUGAGCCAGGCGUUCCACACCCUGAGGGACCGCGCGGCGGACGCCCGCAUUGACCCCGCGCGCCUCAAGCCCAUCAAGACGCUGGGGGAGGGCGCCUUCGCCUGGGUUGAGAGUUCCUGGUACUCGCCUCCAGGUGGCGGCAAGCCCUUCAAGGUGGCCGUCAAGCACUUGAAGCCUGAGCUGUAUGGGGAUGAGAUUGAGCUCGAACUCUUCGAGACAGAGGUGGAGCUGAUGCGGAAGCUGCAGCACAGGAACAUCGUCGGCCUUGUGGGCGCGGGCGGCGUCGCCGUCGGCGACGAGGGGGGCGCAUUCAUGGUGCAGGAGUUCAUGGCCGGCCCCACCCUCAAGAAGCUGGUCACCCGCCAGAUGAUGCUCAACCCGCAGCGCGUGUACUCGGACGCGGCCGCCAUAGACAUCUGCCUGCAGAUCGCGCGGGGGCUGCAAUACCUACACAGCGCAAAGCCCAUGGUGAUCCACCGUGAUCUGAAGCUCGAGAAUGUCCUCCUCAACAGCGACAAGCCGCACGACGGUCGGUGGGAGGCCAAGAUCGCAGACUUUGGGCUGUCCCGGCGGGUUGAAGCCAAAAACGCUGAGCUGGCGCGGCGGCGCAGCAGCUUGCUGUCUGCCCUGUCAGUCGCUUCUGAGGCUGCGGGCGCCAAAGACGGCGACGGCCUGGAGCGCGUGUGGGCGGCGCGCGCAUGCAAGGGCCAGCUGGCGCGGCAGGCGAGCGGGAAGCAGGCGAGGGCGGGGGCGGCUGCGUUCAACCUGACGGGCAGGACGGGCUCCCUCAUGUACAUGGCCCCAGAGGUCUACCUGCAGCAACCCUACAAUGAGAAGGCGGACGUGUUCAGCUUUGGCGUCAUGAUGUUUGAGCUCCUGCAGAAGUACAUCAUGCUUUCCGCCAUCUCCAUCAAGGGCACCUACGAGGAGCUGGAGGCCUACGCGGCGCGGGUGGCCGGCGGCUUCCGCCCCCCCCUCCACGACCGCUGGCCGCCUGAGAUUUCCUCCCUCAUUAAGGACUGCUGGGCGCAGGACCCCAGGAAGCGGCCGGCCAUGGAGGAGGUGGUGUCACGGCUGGAGGACAUCCAGGGGCUGGACUUUCUGACCCAGGAAACAUGGUCGGACUGCGCCUGCUGCGUGGUCAGCUGA